AUGGGUCUUUCUUGGACCAAGGAUAUGAGAAAAUCUAUAUCAAUAUUCUGCUCACUCAUGCGGAGCUCCGACAACGCAGCGCAUCACCCCCCUCCCGCUUCGUCUCUUGUCCGUCGAUCCGUUGAAACUACGCGCGCGACGACGCAACGGUCUAAUGGGGCAUGUUAUAUAAAAUGUAUGGAAAACGACGCAGCGACGACGCUGCGACGACGCAACGCGGCGCAACGCACUAAUGGGGCCUCGCUCUAA